AGCCGCUCUGCACUACGGUACCGACAUUGGACGUUUUGAACAAGAAACAUUCAACAGGAAAAGUUAAAAUCAAGCAGCAGCUAAUGGCAUGUCUCACAGCCCGACUGCCAGAGCAGCGGUAUCAGCACCGCCAUACCGUGGUCUCGGUCUCGUCUGGCAUGUAAUUGAGCGCUAUAUUAUAGACAAUGGGCUCCGUCACGUUCCAUGCGGGAACAAUUGAAGCCAACCACGGCGCGCACACAGACAGAGACGCACGUAUUGUUGGCCCUCUCCAACGCUGCUUCAUUAUUAAACUCCUCCCUCCAGCGGGGGCCGACAGGGCGUUUCACUAGCCAAUGCCUUGGAGACAGUGUUGGUGUUGGUGGGGCGGGGUUGGGUUUCGCCACACCAAAGGGAGUCGGCGCCUCCAUUCUUCGGCGGUUCAGGGGUACUCCUUUCGGGGGGCCUUUAGCGCCCUUUUAGUGCCAUCGUGUGCCUUGGCUUCCCCUGGAAGGGACCGCCGUCGUGUCCUGAAGAAACUGCCAGUUCAAGGUUUAUUUGCUGUCGACAUUGCAGGCUUGCCCCUGUCUCUAUCCAGGUGACCAUUUGCCAUUGCCUGGCCUCUUCAUCUAAUUUGCCCAUCUUCGCUUCCUUUUCCCUCUUUUUUUUCCCUUUGGUUCUCUCCCUCGCGUUUUCUAUCACUGUCCCCCCCAGAAACCUUUGUUGCCAAAGAACCAGCGCUCCCUGGCCCUUUCCAGCCUUUGCCAAAACUGUGGAAACCUUAUCACCCACUCCUGUCUCAAACCGAACCUCAGUCCAGCAGCGCUUAGAUGAAACGGAUCUCUGGCCGUUGCCGAACUGGCCCGCUCUUUCUCAUGCUCUAACGGAUUAUUCUUCUCACUUUUGACGCGUUAAACUAGAAACGCCAAACAAUUAAGGCUAUAUACAGCAUACAGUGAGAACAAAAGGCCCCGAGCACGCGUAACACAGGGCCGGCACUAGCUGCAGCAGAAAGGGUUGCUCCCUACGCCACAUCCGAACAAGCUCUGAAUUCCACGCCUGUUUGAAACUAUGGAUGCAGCCGUCAAGGACGCCGUCGACAGCCAUGCGGCGGACCUGGUAACCUCCCACGAGAAUGCUCAAGAAACAUCCACCGAAGAAAGGAUUGUCGCGGAAAGCGUUCCACUCCCUCCUGACGAAACCGAUGAGGAAGUGGAAGUUGAGACCCCGAAGCUGACACAUGAUUCCAUGGUCACCGUUCGACUAUCUGAACCUCCUUCCCUCAUCCUCAACACCACAGACGCUACCUCUCCAAACCAUCACGACGAAGACGAGCAGGAGCAGGAGCAGGAACCGGCAACAUCCAACGACAAGCAGGACGCUGAUGAUAAGCUUGACGACCAAGAAACAAGUAGCGAACCAGACACCGUAAUCACCAACGACGCGGAUAACACCGAUACAGCCAGAGCUAGUAGUAGCACUAAUAACAGCACGGCUCCUUCGCCGACGGACGAAGAAGACAUGGCUCGACUCACUCGAAUAACGCUGGAGCGGAUCGACACUAGUCGAACGCUUCGAGACGAAUUGGAUAACUUUGACUCCCACAGCCAUGCCAGCGACUCCUCCUCCGAUUUCGAAGAGGUCAACUGGGAACAACUUGAAAAGACGGAAGACGAACAGCCCAAGGAUGAAGAAUCAGAUUCAACUGCCCUCCUCCUCGCCCGAUUAGAACAAGAAAAUGCCAAACUGGCAACAAACCCCAAAACAGCCAAGGUACAGGCUGUUGAACGGCUACAAUCUUCGAAGUCGAGACCUCCAUCAAUAGCAAAGCUACGGCAAAUGGUGAACGAGCCAACAUCGUCCGCCCUUCGAUAUUCAUUAGUCCCGCCGCCGCCAAUGACUGAUCUCGAAUUUUAUGCUGCCCUCGUCAAAGAUUAUCAACAGACAGCUGCUCGACUGCCUACAUUAUUAUCGAAUAAAAUACGAAAGGGUAUACCGCCACCACUACGAGGUGUCGUCUGGCAAAGUAUGUCAGGUGCCCGCGACGUCAGCCUUGAGCGCCAAUACGACCGACUCUCUGGAGAAUCUAGCCCCUACGAACUAUUAAUCGGCAAAGAUCUAGGUCGCAGUUUCCCCGGCGUAGACAUGUUUCGCGAAGCAGAUGGUGAAGGACAGCUCAUGCUUGGACGCGUUUUAAAAUGCUUUAGCUUGUAUGACACCAAAAUUGGCUACUGCCAGGGACUUGCUUUUCUCGUUGGUCCCUUGUUGAUGCAUAUGCCCGAUAAGCAAGCCUUUUGCGUUCUUGUCCGGCUUAUGGAACAAUACGAUUUGAGAGCAUGCUUUUUGCCCGACCUUUCUGGACUUCAUGUACGCAUCUAUCAGUUCCGUGAAUUACUACGCCAACAUCUACCCGGUCUCGCCGCCCAUAUGGAAGAACUCCAGGUUGAGACAGCAUAUGUAUCACAGUGGUUCUUGAGCUUCUUUGCCGUCACCUGUCCACUGCCCAUGCUCUUCCGUAUUUACGAUGUGCUAUUCGCUGAAGGUGCCUCUGAGACUCUUAUGCGGGUUGCCCUUUCUCUUAUGCGAAAGAACGAGGCCCGACUCUUGGCUUGUACAGAGCUGGAAGAUGUUAUGCAGUUGCUGCUCUCCCGUGGCCUAUGGGAUUGCUACCACUACGACGCGGACGACUUUGUGCAAGACUUUGCAAGCUUGUCCGGAGCAGUUACUCGGGAGAGGCUUGCGCAGCUUGAGCAGGGUUACAAGGAGUCGCUCAUUGCCACGGCCAAUGCCGCUCGAGUUUCGGACAUCACAACCGCAGCAACUCGCUUCUUAGGUCGUCUCUGGGCCUCGACACCAGCCACCACUACAAAGACGCCUACCCUGACACCGGGUCUCAGUGCACCUGGUCGCCCUUUGAGCAUCUUAAAGCGAAGCCCAUCGAAACAAAGUAUUGCAUCUACAUUGAACUCAGUGGAAGCAAGCUCUGCCAGCCUAACAAGCUCCUUAUCGACUGACGAAACUGCCAUGUCUCGCGACUUUACAACAGAUGAAUCAAGCCGAGAGUCUACCCCGGUAGCACCGAAAGGUCUUGGUCAUGGAAAAAGCACCGACGAUCGUUACUUGCACAGCCAGAUAGAGGAUCUUCUGACUGCUCUCACAGAGCUUCAGCGAAACCAGGCACUUUUGGCAAAUCAACUUCAACGUGAGCGGGAGGAGCGUGACGAAGACAAGCGCGCCGUCCAAUCACUGUUAGAAGGACUUCGACGGAAAGCGAGUACCAACGAUGCCACUACUGAGGCAUCCGAAGAGUCCGAAGAUGACAGCGACGAAGCUGAUACCGAAUCGGAUGAUGCAGCCACUACGCCACUCUCGGAUAACACUGAAAAGCCACUCGCAGCGCCUGUCAGCGAGGCGGAGGAUGCACCAUCCACCGAAGACCUCUCUGAGCUGCUGGAUCGCGUUGAAAAGCGGUUCGCAUUGACAGAUGGAAACAAGCAUCGGUCGUCUAUGAUGAUGACAAAGUCGCAGUUGCGGGAAGAAUUGAUGCAUGCAAAGGGUGAACUGGCAAUUGUGUCUACGCAAUGUCAAGAUUUGAACCGCCGUGUACAUGACAUGGAUGAGGAAAUGAUUACUCUAAAGGAACAGCUACGCGAGCGCCAUGGACACGUUCGAACACUCCAUAACGAUAAGCAAAGACUGGAGAAGCAGCUACAAAUGAUGCGGGCAACCUCCAAUGGCCCUGACUCUGAUGUAUGGCCAAAGGAGAUGGACCCAGAUUGGGGAGCCAAGAGCGUGGCAGCUGGGCUAAGAGAGCUGAAGCUAGGACGAAGCAAGUCCACACCCAACUCGCAACCUGGCAAACGCAUCUCAUCUAUGCCACUUGUGCACGACUUUGGUUCCGACGACGCCGCAUCAGAGCACGAUGCAUUGCUCGUGGAACUAGCACAGGCCAAAACGGCGGAGGCCAUGGCCAAACAGGAUGCGGAAGAGGCAAAACAGAAGCUAGAAGCGAUGCGCAAGGCUUAUGGUAUACCUGUGGGAGAUUCGCCGACAACAGCUACGACUCCAACAGGUGCUAUGGGUGUAUUCAGCCGGUUUGCCGGGCCAGCUGCCGCGCCAACUAAUGAUACACCGCCCAAAGCAGCAGCAUCAGCGGGUGCGAAUAUGGCAGCUACAGUUACCGGUGCAUUUUGGGGAUGGAGACGAUAAGUAAAAAAGCAUCUCUUGACCAGAAGCAUGGCAGAUGCUGGGCACAGCAGAAGAAAAUGGGGGGCAGGCUAGAGACGGAUAUGCGCACUUAUGCGCAGUUGCGAAGAAGGACACAUUAUCACGGCGUUUGGAUACAUCUUUAUUUACACACCUUGGGCAUGGCUUGUUUUUGAAUUCUAAAGGAAGACAUUUAUCUACACAGAGAUGAGCAUAGCAUUCAUUAUUAUUCACAUAGAUACCACACAUUUGAAUUGUAUACAU